UAUUCCACAACAACAGCUAAUCAGCCACGUAGGUAGCUUGCUAGCCAACAUAGCCGAAACAUUGGAGCUUUUUAGACGGUGUAUAUUAAUGACUGUGUUUUAAGCACACGUCUGUCGUAUCUACUAGUUACCCAUUUCCCCCUCCCUUCAUAUUUACGUUGUCAGUCAGCUUACUGGUUAAAUUAGCACCAGGCUAUUCGCUUAUGCUAACUAUCUAGCUAGCUUAAUAACAUCCAGGACCAUGAGCUCACUAAACAACUCCCCCCCUGCUAAAGAAGAUGAGGUCUACUGGACUGAGAAACAGGGUCUGUGGCUUAAUGUUGUCGUGAAAGAAGAGGAGGAAGAGGAGGAUGUCACAGUGAAAGGCGAUGAAGAAGCUUUCAGAGUGAAAGCGGAGGAUGAGGAAGAGAUUACUGUCACAUUGAAAGAGGAGGACGAGGAUGAAGAGGAUGAGACUGGAGAUCUGAUUAACACCAGAGAGAGACCAGACUCAGAGGAACCAGAGCCAGAGAUGUCCGAACCAACGAGACGACACCACUGUUCCCACUGUGGAAAGAGCUUUAACCAGUUAGGGGUCCUAAAAAAACAUGAUAGAAUACAUACAGGAGACAAGCACUACCACUGCUCCCAGUGUGGAUGUAUUUCAAGGGCUACCUUCAAACUCAGUGCCUCUUUGCUUGACAUCUAA